UUGGUGGAGACGAAUUGUUUUACACUGUUCGCGAGAACCUUGGGUUUGUAGAAGAAUGGAUUUACGUGAUAAAGAAGGACAGAAAAAAAAGGUGAGAUAACCUCGUUUCAAGCUUUCGACCCUGUUAACAGACUUUGGCUACCACUCCCUCCGGUACCAAAGGAGUACUCAAAAGAAAGUGGAUAUGUGAAUUGUCAGGUACUUAAUGGUUGUGAUUUAUAUUUGUUUGGAUUCGACAACAACUCAUGUAAUCGAGGACGAGUUAUAUUUUACAGUGCUCGGACUAACAAGUGGCAUCGAGCCCCAGAUAUGCUCGAACCACGGUAUAUGUGUGGAUCAUGUGUUAUAAACAAUUGCUUAUAUGUUGCUGGUGGUGGGCUUGUUCAGAACGGCAUCAUCUACGGCUUUGAAUCAGCAGAGAUUUAUGAUCCUCUUAAGAACAGGUGGUUUUUCGUUGCAGAUAUGACAAGGCGUAUGCUAGUUGAAGAUGGAUAUGUGUACAACGGAAUGUGGUUUCUUACAGGAGUUUAUGGGUCUGAACAAAACAUUAAUGAAGCUUACAACCCUGAAACAAAUAAAUGGAUUCAGAUCGGAAAUGGUUUGGUAGCAUCAAGGAGAAACCCAACCAUUGUCAUUGAUGGAAACCUCUACAUAGUAAGUUGUAAGGAUGGGUGUAAGUUGGACCUCUGUGAUGCAUCCACAAACAUGUGGGUGUCUAAUUAUAUUGUCUGCUCCGAAAAGUUUCAUUUGAGCAGGGAACUGCCAGAACUCAUGACGUUCUUUGAUGCCAGAAAACUCUCAUCUCUAAACAAGGGGAAGCUCCUAUGCAUUGUCCGUGAUAAUAUGACCAUUCUUGUGGUAGAUAUGUAUCAAGAUAUGAAUAUGAUGAUGCAGGAAGAAGGCAGUUUGAAGCAUAUCAUCUUUGGAAGGAAAAGGAAACUCAUAGCAUUCUGUGGCAGCAAUUCAGGAGUCAUGAUUCUAAUAUUUUAUCAGGAACCGCAAACUAUAAUAUUCUUCAUUCCCAGAUUCUUCGAGCAUAAGAAAGAAGUACAGAAAAAGUUCUACUGACAAUCCAUUACAAAAUCCAGUCAAGUGCAUGCAUUCCAAAUAUGAUGCACAACUAAUGCCUGGAACGAAGAUUCAGUGGUUUGGAACAGAUUUUGGUGGAAAUGAGUCCAAGUUAGAUGUGGACACACUAAUGA